CACAGUUGCAUUUACUUGCUUUCCAACAUGGCGACUGGCGGCGUAGAAUUUUAUUUUGGGGUAUAACAUCACGGAAUAUCGUAACAUUUUGGCCAUAUGCAAAGUAUUUGGUUCUCAGAAAACCUUUAGUGUACCGUCAUUACUAUUCUGUCUUACAAGUUAAUCUGUUUUUACGAGUAAUUGGGAGAUGUAUCGUCGCGGAGCCGCAAAGAAGGACCACAACAACAAACCGGUGAAGAAGGAUGUGAGUGACAGUGAUAAAUACGCCGAUCUCUUGGUGUUCGGAUAUGCCUGCAAACUGUUUCCAGACGACGAAAGGGCUCUUUACCACGAACAUGGAAAACAUCUUAUCCCAUGGAUGGGGGAAAAAAGCAUCAUGAUUGAUAGAUACGAUGGGCGUGGUCACUUACAUGACCUUUCAGAGUAUGACAGCGGGUCAUGGAAUACAUCCUACCAGCUGUCGGAGGAGGAGGCCAGGAUUGAAGCACUGUGCGAUGAGGAGAGGUACCUGGCUUUGCACACUGACCUGCUGGAAGAGGAGGCCAGACAAGAGGAGGAGUACAAACGUCUGAGUGAGGCUCUGGCUGAUGAAGGCACCUACAAUGCAGUGGCCUUCAAAUACAGUGCUGACUACUAUGACCCCUCUCAGCCCACUGAGGAGGAGGAGGCUAACAGGGAAGCUGAAGAAGCAGAGCCUGAGGAGAGUGAAGAACCGUUUGUUGCUCCCCCAGGACUCGCUAUCCCUCCUGAUGUGGAACUGCCGGCAACCAUCAAGACCCAUAACAUCAUCGAGAGGACAGCCAACUUUGUAUCUCAGCAGGGGGCUCAGUUUGAGAUAGUCCUGAAAGCUAAGCAGUCCGGUAACUCCCAGUUUGACUUUCUCCGGUUUGACCAUUACCUGAACCCUUACUACAAACACAUCCUGCGGGCCAUGAAGGAAGGUCGAUACAACCUUGUUUCCGCCAAGAAGCAAGAGCAGCCGCAAGAAUCCCAUUCUGAUGAUUCAGAUGAGGAUGGAGAUGGCAGUUACCUCCAUCCCAGCCUGUUUGCCCCGAAAAAGUGCUCUCGCCUGGAGGAGCUGGUGAAGCCUCUCAAAGUGAUGGACCCAGACCAUCCUCUGGCAGCACUUGUACGAAAAGCCAGACAGGAAAGGAAUGGCACAGCAACAGAGGCUCUCAAACCAGAGGAAGUGACAGUCCCAGCUGGAUCCAGCACACCAGCGCAGUACACUGCUGACCCAAAUGCAGCAGCAGUGUAUUAUGGGUACUACAUGCUUCCUGACGGAACGUUCUGCUUGGCCCCGCCUCCCCCAGGGAUAGAUGCCAGCGCCUACUAUAACAGUAUGCCCUCAGCUGUCAUGGCUCCUCCGUCUUCUGAGGCUAUGCCUAAUCUAGGAACUACACCCACCCCUCCUGUAACUAUCGCCAUGGCACCGCCAGCUACAGCUCCCCCUCAGGUCACCAGCUCUGCUGCUCCGGUUGUUGUACCAGAAACCAGUUCGAAACACGAAGCUCAAGUUUCCACACCAGUAGCACAAGCCAUCAUUCCCCCACCGCCUGACACCCAGCCAGUCAUAGACAAGCUAGCCGAGUACGUCGCAAGGAACGGUGUUAAGUUUGAGGCCAGUGUCCGUGCCAAGAAUGAUCCACGGUUUGACUUUCUGCAGUCUUGGAAUCAGUACAACAGCUAUUACGAGUUUAAGAAGAAUUACUUCAUGCAGAGGGAAGGAAAAGGCUUUCCAGAGAGUGAGACAGUAGAUGAUGAUGAUAAGCUUCAAUUAGACACAUCAGCCCAGGACAAGCUGACAAAAGCCUCUUUUGCCCCCAUCUGUUUUGCCAUCAAGGCAAAGGAAAACGACAUGCUGCCGCUGGAGAAGAACAGAGUUCGAUUGGAUGAUGAUUCCGACGAGGACAAGUUGGUGGAAGAGCAGAGUCUCCUAGCUGUGAUUGGUGGGGUUGAGAUGGUUGUCAAGGAGUCUGCUCCAUUCAGUGCACCAGAAGAGAAGAGACCCUCCCUCAGUUUGGAGGAGUUGGAGGCAAAACAAGCCAAGCAGAAACUGGAGGACCGUCUAGCAGCUGCAGCCAGGGAGAAGCUGGCCCAGGCAUCUAAGGAGUCCAAGGAGAAACAGCUACAAGCGGAAAGGAAGAGGAAGGCAGCGCUCUUCCUACAGACCCUCCGCAGCCCCUUCACUGGGGAGCCUGAGGCCAAGAGAGCUGAGCUAGACUCAACUGUACAUCUUGAGAUGCAAGAAGCCCUUUCUGUCCUGUCUGACCCUGCCCCUCCUCAAGUGUCCUCUGCAGCACCUGUGUAUCUUAAGGAUCAUAGACCCGCCGCGGAGAACAAAGGAGCCUAUCGCAGCAGGGAGGCCCCAUCCUCCUCAUCCUCCCACACUACCUCCAGAGGAGCAGCAAGAGACAGAGACAGAGACAGAGACCGAGACCGAGAUAGGGAUAGGGAUAGAGAAAGAGACAGGAACAAAGGGAGGGACAAAGACAAAAAGAAGAAAAAACACAAGAGGAGGUCGAGAUCGAAGUCGAGGUCCAGGUCGAAGAGCAAACACUCCCUCCCCAGUGCCUACAGGAGAGCCGGCAGGUCUCGAUCCCACUCACACUCCCCGGGGAGAAGGGACAGGCGGGGCCCCUCAUCGGAGAGGAGACGUGAAGAGAGAGAGCGGGAGCGCCAUCAUCCCAGCAGCAGCUGCAGCCUGCCCAGGGGGCAUUCCAGAUCCAGGUCCCCUCCUGACAAAAGGAGGAGCUCCUUGUCAUCUUCAGGACAGCUGCAAAUUGUGGGUUCCUCUCUCUCCCCAUAUUCCUCACCCGGCAGAGUUUUGUCCCCAUCAGCUAGCCCCGCCUCCAGCCUGGCUCACUCCAGGGGUGGUUCUCUGGAGAAAGACAAGGCAGUGGCCUCAUCCAUAGUAUCCUCUGUUCAGUCCAAAAUAACUCAGGAUCUGAUGGCCAGAGUGCGAGCCAUGCUUGCCACCUCCAAGACCUUCCAAUCUCCCAAUUCCUAAAGAUAGGGCAUGGCUUCCUACUGGCCGCGGCAACCUCGGACAAUCAGCGAGCGGCAUUCUCCGAUUUCCUGGAGAUUUAUUUGGCCUGGAUCUGUUUCAUCUCCCUGUGUUCAUCCUCCAUUUAUGAUUUGAUAUUGAUUUGAGCGUUGUCAGAUUCAGUUGGGCCACGUUGUGUCUUCUGCAGUGUUGUAAGAGUGAUGUAAAGGCACUCAUUAAGCUGAAAUAUCUGGUGUCACACCUGACCUGAGAAAAGAGCUCAUCAGUUCGGAGAGCAUGUCAGCAGCUGGCAUGUUUUGGUGCAAAUGUGGAAAUAAAUCCAAUAUGUUAUGUUGCAUCCUGUUUUAAAACUCAACUCUCCCACAUGGUGACAGUCAUUCUUGGCAGCAUUACGUAAAGCUGCUGGAGAUCUGUAUUCUCUCUCCUUCUAUGAAGGGUUGUGUUGUUUUGAUAAAUUCAAUUCUCUCCUCCAUCAUCUACUAUUCUCUGCUGUUGUUUUCCCUCUUAUUUCCGCCCCCAGCUGUCUUUGCUCUCCGGCACGUCACACUUCUGCUUGAGAAGCCCUUUUCAUUUUCUACCCUGUCCCUCAGCUCUAGUGCGUGGUCUUUUACUUCUGUUCCUGGUUUGUACUAUAAUGGAAUUUAAUGCAGAACAACUUUGUAAUCCAAACUGUCAAUAAAGUUUCAAUUAUGAUUUA